AUGUCAGGUAUACCCACCUUGAAAUACCAGCGGCCUCCAUGGUAUAGGUUAGCCGGUUAUGAUUUCCUUCUUUGGGCAUUGUCAAUUGUCAUGGAUUGUUUCUUUCGAGAAAUCCGACCACGAGGAGCCUUCAAAAUUCCUCGAGAAGAUCCCGUAAUCUUUGUUGCAGCUCCUCAUCAUAACCAAUUCGUUGACCCAAUCAUCCUACUGGGGCAAAUAAAGAAAGAAGCUAAUCGAAGAAUAUCAUUUUUAAUUGCUGCUAAAUCAUACCAUUUGAAGUUUGUUGGGGCAAUGGCCAAAUGUCAAUUGAGUAUACCAGUCGUUCGACCUCAAGAUAAUUUAACUAAAGGGUCAGGUAAAAUAUUCGUUGAUAAAAAUGACCCUUGCCAUAUCUUGGGAAAGGGAGCAAAAUUUACCGAGGAGUGCAUGGUUAGGGGUUUGCUUGCGUUGCCCCAAUCACUUGGAGCUAAUGAGAUAUCGGAAAUCAAAUCCGAUAAUGAAUUGUAUAUCCGGAAACCAUUCAAGCAAACUGAUCAAAUUACUGAGUUGUUAACCAAUGGAACAUCAUUCAAACGAGCUGAUAAAAUUGACCAAAAACAAGUUUAUCAAAUGGUGUUUGAUCAUUUACUGGAUAAUGGAAGUAUUGGAAUUUUCCCCGAAGGUGGCUCACAUGACCGUACUGAUUUAUUGCCUUUGAAAGCUGGUGUUGCCGUAAUGGCUCUCGGAGCAAUGGAAAACAACCCCAAUUGUAACGUCAAAGUUGUUCCAUGUGGUAUGAAUUACUUCCAUGCUCAUAAAUUUAGAUCAAGAGCUGUAGUUGAAUUUGGUGACCCCAUUGUUAUCCCCAAGGAGUUGGUGAAAAAGUAUUCCAACCCCGAGACUACCGCAGAGGCAGUUAAGGACUUGUUAGCCUUGAUUACAUCCGGUUUAAAAGCUGUUACAGUAACAUGUCAAGAUUAUGAGACAUUGAUGUUGAUUCAAGCUGGUAGAAGAUUAUAUGCUGGAAAUUUUGCCCAGCAGUUGCCAUUACCAUUGAUUGUUGAAAUGAAUAGGCGAUUAGUUAUUGGAUACGAACGGUACAAAGAUGAGCAGAAGGUACAGGAGGUUAAACAAAAGGUGUUGGAGUAUAACGGUUUGCUAAAGACUUUGCAUUUACCCGACCAUGACGUUGAAGAUUGCCAGGAUGAAGGGUACAAGGCCAAGCUCUUGCCCAUUUUGGUGUUUAGAAUCAUCAAGUUGGUCAUUUUGUUUACAUUGGCGUUGCCAGGAGCCACUCUCUUUUCACCAGUUUUCGUUUCAUCGAAAAUUAUAUCUCGAAGAAAAGCCAAAGAAGCAUUGGCAAACUCAGUGGUUAAGAUUCAAGCAAACGAUGUCCUUGCCACCUGGAAAAUUUUGGUGGCAAUGGGUAUAGCACCAAUUGUGUAUUCAUUCUACGCGUCAAUUGGUACAUAUUAUUGCUCGGCUCAUGAGCUUUUAUCCUCAUUUGGCUUGUUUUGGCUUUGGAUAUUUUUAUACCUAUCUGGUGUUUUUGUCACCUACAGCGCUUUGUUAACCGGUGAACAGGGAAUGGACCUUUUCAAAUCAAUUAGACCAUUGUAUCUUUCAAUCACAUCGGGUUCUGCUAUCAGACGAUUAAAGAAAAUGAGACGUGAAUUGAGCGAAGAAAUCACCGAUAUUGUCAACACCUACGGACCAGAAUUGUUCCCCAAGGAUUUCAAUUUAUUGGAAUUGAAAAACUCAUUGAGAAUUUCUGAUCAAGUUGAAUACGUUGACUCGGACGAAGAAGAGGAGAAAAAGACGCAAGAAAUGAGAAAUAGAAGGAAAUCAAGACGUAAAGCUGAACGCAAAUUAUACGUUAAUGAUGACGUCUCCAAUAAAUCCGACGAUCAUGGAUCUGAAAUGACUGAAAGUUUAUCUCAUUCAUCAUCAAUGUCCGAUGGUAUUUCAUUGCUCAACACUGAAGCCAAUUCGUAUACCAAUUUGCCAAUUUUCAGUGAUUACAGUUUGCACAAGAAUGUCACUAAUAAGAAUCUCGAUUUAGAUCCCCAGUCGAAUUUCAAUUCGAGUGCCACGUUAUAUGAUGAUCAUAAACAACAUAUCGAUCAACAUCAGCAGCAGCAACAAUGCCACUCUUAUGUGUCCUUGCCAUUACGUGGUCGUCCAAGCUUAUCCAAAAAUCCAUCUGAAGAACAGUUUGAAUUGAACUUCUCAAACAAAUCGUCAUUGAAGGGUAAGAUAUUUGAUAAAAUGAAACAAAAGAGGACUCAACCGUGA